AAAGCAUUGCGUCAGUGUUUGCAGAGCUCACUGCGGAUACUUCUAGCUGCUGCACUUAUUCCGCUUCGCACUCGGCUUUGUUGGUCACUGGUCUUUGUUGCGAACUAUUUCAUCUGCGGGAAACUACCGACAAUCCAUCACACCUGAAGAUCUACAGUACUGAAUAUCAUCAUUCUAGGACACAAUGCCAGAGCAGCUGAUUUCCAGCCUUUCAUCUGAAGACUCGAGUCUCUCAUCCACACCAACAUCUGAUGAAUCCUCCAAACGCUUGUCCUGGAGCAGACUGAUGCAGAAACUGCACAGCAGCCAAAGCCUGGACUCAGAUUCAGACAAUCACAGCAGCACAGACGACGCAUCAGAUGCAGGUUCCAUAUCCCAAGCUGAUCUUUCCGAAUCAGACUUGUUUUUUGACCCGACCGAAGAGGCCUUGUGCAAGGAAGUGGUGCAGCUCAUCGCACUUAACCUGACCGAUGCCAAAGACGGCGUCCUGCACUGCUCCAAACUCCUCAUUCCCGAGACGCUCCUGGAGCACAUCGGUCAGGAGCUGGUGCAUCUGUCGGUCAGCGAGCCCUGUGGCCUUCGUGGUGCCCUCGUUGACCUCUGUGUGGAGCAGGAUGCCAGCUGCGAAGCCGUGGGACAAAUCGCAGUCGACCCCUACCUAGUGCCCACCUUCCAGCUCACACUUGUGCUGAGGCUUGACUCCAAGGGCUUCUGGCCGAAAAUCCAGGGGCUCUUCACCGGCAGAUCGCCUUCGUCUCCGGUUGUUAGACGUGCACUUAAACUGAGCACUGGAUUUAGAGUUAUUAAAAGAAAACUGUACAGCUCUGAAGAGCUUUUGAUUGAAGAAUGCUGAGACUGACGUGUCAUGAACUUUUACUAGGGUUUUUAAAUGAAGCUGUUUGGUCUCACGAGAGACUUCUUCAGCUCGCAGGGCAUUUGUAAUGCAGAUGUAGGGUAUAUAUAAAGACUUUGACACG